CCUCCAUGUUUAUGUUUGACUGGUAGUUUUGGCCUUCUGUGUCUUACGUCUCUCAGUUGUCGAGAUGAAAGCCCAACAAGUUUCCAUCUUAAAUGGAUCAUCUUUUAUACCAUGGAAAAUGUUCAUGAAGAUACCAGAGAGGAUGGCUUCUCAAACGACGAUCAGAAUCACUGCGACCAUCUUUGCGAAUCGCAGAUCGAAGACAAUGCUCUUCUCAAUGAACUGGAAGCUCUUCGUAUCUCAUAUCGUGAUCUCCAAUCAAGAUCCGUGGUUAUGGAGGAUAACUUGAUCCUCCUUCAGCAGCAGAAAGACGAAGCUCUCAAGCACAAUUUCGACCUCGUUAAAUCUCUGGAAGAAAUCUCAAGUGAAAGAGACGCUCUUCAGAGCGAGCUUCAUGGUUUGGAGGUCUCUGCAAAGGAACGUGAGGAUGAAUUGAUUAGGGACCGGGAUGAGCAGUUUAAGGAAAAGUUGGAUCUUCGGAACGAAGUCGAAGCUUGUCGAGAGAGGAUUUCUGUGUUACUGGAGGAAAGGAGCAAGCGAAUUGGGGUUUUCUCUCGGAGUCAGGAUUUGCUUCACUUAGUUAGGGAGUGCUUGAUGAGGAUCACGGAGAGAAUCAAUGAAGAAAAGUCUGAGAGUGUUAUUGAAGAAGACGAGCAGAUACGAGAGGAGUCUGAUUUGGACGAGGAAUCAAAGGGAUUUUUAUCAGAAUCUAUGGUUAUUCAUAAACUUACUUUGGCAUUGGAAUUAAGGCUAGUGGAGUACAAAGAAAUGAGAAGGAAGGAAAAAAAGGAAUUGGAGAAUAGUGUGGUGAGUUUGACGGAAGAGAACAGAGACGUUAAUAGUUUGCUCAGGAUUGCUCUAGUAGAGAAGGAAUCAGUUGAAAGGGCCCUUAAUAAACUCAAGGGAGGCGAGCAUAGAAGGGUGGCGAUUCUUCAAAUUGCAGAGAGAGGAUUACAGAAAGUUGGGUUUGGAUUCAUGAUGGGUGCUUCAAGUGGUGAGGCGACAGAUAAUUCCAGUCCUAAUACAUGCAAUAAGUCAGAUAGUAGCGAAUGCGAAGAAGAAUCUGUUAGCUUGGCCUCAACUGUGGAGAAAAUAAUGAAGAAUUUACGGCUCGAAAUCACUCAAUUGAAAAAAUCCUUGGAUGAAUCCAGGUCAGACGCUGAGCGCCUACAGAGUCUUACAGAGAAACAAACUCAGGAAAUAGCAGACAACAGGUUGUACAUAAAAGAGUUGGAAGAAAGAGAGAGUAGGCUGGUUCAAAAUGUUGAAGAGCUCAUAAUGGAAAUAGCAGAGGCUGAAGAAGAGAUUGCUAGAUGGAGAGAAGCUUGUGAGUUGGAAGUGGAAGCUGGGAAGAAUGCCAUUGAAGAACGUGAUAGAGAGGCUGAACUUCUCAGAGAAGAGUUAGAGAAGACAAAGGCCUCUUUGGACUUGUCUAAUAGCAAGUUAAAACUGAAAGAAGAGCUAGCUGCUGCUGCUAUGGCUGCUCAGGCAGCAGCUGAAAGGUCUCUCCAACUGGCUGACAGCAGAGCUGCAGGAUUUCGUGAGCGGAUAGAGGAGCUGACAAGACAGUUAGAGGAGGUUGAUAAUAGAAGAGACCAAAGUAACCGAUAUAAGCUGAGACACAUCUGUUGGCCAUGGCAUGCACUUAAGGUGAACCCAAGUACAAGACGCCAGAAGGUUAGACGGAUGCUACCAGAAAUGGAGGCCUUACUCAAUUGCAGUAUCUGAUUUUGCUUGUUCUUUAAGCUCAAGAUUACAAUUGUCCUAAAUUAUUAACUUUUAUUUAAUUAUGUUAUUUACAUUUCAAGAAAUAAUCCAUUAUUUUUCCCCUUUCCAACAUUGAUCAAAAUUCUUUAGAGGUUAACUGGUUAACCAGUAGGGCCUCAUGCGACGCAUGGGAUUUGUUAUAAACCGACAUUAAUGAUGAAGUAAAUUGUUUGUAUAA